UCUCAGGCUGGGUGGAGGUGCCAGCUCUGGGUCGGCCCAUUCACCCUGGAAUGCUGUAUGACUGUUGCUCUGAGUCCUUCACUCCAGACUUCUUGUGUGACUCAGACAAUAAGAUAAAAAGGAAAAUAUCCCUGCCGUUCCCAUUCACUGAGACCAAGGUAAUAGAGACAGACUCUCUGCAGGAGAGGUUCAGAGCUCUGGGACUGGAUCAGCCAAUCAGAACCAGUUUCCUGUCUGGACUGGUGGAUGUGGGAGGAGCUGCAGAGUAUCUAAACCAUCCUCUCCUGCACAAAGGGGACUAUGUGACUCUGCACUACAAGAGAACCACCCGACUGGAUCAGUUGACUUUCUUCCUGUUAGAGAAGGUGAGGCGUCCUGAAGUGAUUCAGCAGCAAACAUCCACACACAUGGUCAUGGCUGUGACAUAUGGAACUCAGGCCUUCAUCGUUUGUAAGACCAACAGAACAUGGACCAUGAGCAAAGUUAUCAAUAAACUGAAGAAAAUGAUCCAACUUCUCACAGCAGAGGACGGAGCUGCUCAACUAGCUACAUCUUCUGGUCUCACCUGUACCUACUAUGGAGAUCUUGAGACAAAUAGAGGUGAUAGAGAGAUAACUGAUCUCAGUGAGUCCUUCCCUAAGCUGCUGGGUCUCAGUGGAGAGAAGGCUGUUCCUCUGAGAGUUUGGCUCUGCCCUCUGAAGAACCUGUACCCUGCAGCAACCUGUGUGAGGGAGAUCAGUGAAGACCUGCAGUCCAGGGUAGAGAGAGAGAUGGAACACUACAGAUACACAGGCACAAGGUGUGAGGAGAUGGUAAAGCAUGAGUGGGUCAGUAAAGUUCAGGACCUGAAAGAUAAAUUGAUCAAUUUUAUAGAUCUCAUUCAACAGUACCUAGCUCAACUGCAGAAACUCAUGGGUAGAAUUUUGGUGUCUGUGAGGUCAGGAGUGCAGGAGGAGAAAGCUGUUGAAGAGGAGAUGAAAGGUCUUGAUCUGUCCCCAUUCAGAAUGGAAGCAACAGGACAGUGGCUGGAUGACAAACAGGCUGAGCUGAAGUUCCUUGAAUCUCUUGACUCUAAAAUCAGAUCUAAGAUGGUGUCUACAGACCAGCUGCAAAAAGUCAUUAGUAAUUCAAAGACAGACACUGUGGUGUGUUUCACUCUCACCUCUCUGGGUGAAACAGACAUGUAUCUCUCAUCCCUGAAGCAGCAUCUUGACACCCUACAGACAUACUCACAGACCAGGCCUGGCCACUGCUACCAGCACACUCAACCCUGGUUCAAGUCUGAGGAGAACAAGGAGAGAGUAACAACGGCAGCUAGAGCUUUUCUUGAUUUUGUUAAGGUCACCAAGAAACUCAAGUUCGUUGCAACCUCCAUUCCAAAUGAUUCCACUCCUGGAGCCUCCAUCCGUCUCUACGAGGGAGGCAGGUUAGUGGACUCUGACUAUGAAGCUGAAAGGAAAGGAUGGUUCUCUUUCUCUCCAAAUGAAGGUUACUGGUGUCUAAGUAAACCUUCUUGUAGUUCCACCCUAUGUGUCUUCAAGACCAACCUCCCCUGGCCCUCUAACCUCAAAGUGUUGGAUGUGUGUGUGGAUAUUGAGGAGAGGUGGGUCUCCUUCUACAACGCCGUGUCCAGGAGUCACAUUUACACCAUCACUGACAUGGUCUUCACUAAGGGAGAGAGGAUCUACUCACUGUUUCGAACUUAUGGAAGAGAUAAAGGCCUUAUGAUCCAGGAGCUGAAAUAGACUUCCAGGCAUCAUAAGAACCCUUGAACAGAAAAGUGGGCAGUCAUCCAAAGAGCAGACAACAUUAGAGGUUCAGAGUGCGUCCUAAUUAUCUCCCUUUGUCCCAUAGUGUGCACUUGCUCACCCCCCUUCACUGAUUUGAAAGAAAAUGACUGGUAUAAGAAAUAUGGUGGAAACUAACUCCCACUAGCACAUGACACCACCGAUCCAAAAUAUGAAUGGGGAGUAAUGAACGAGUGCACACUUCAGGAGGAAGGGAGAGAUUUUUGGGACACCGACUCAGCGUGUGCGACGUUCUGUUGCGGUUUAGGGAAUUCCAUAAUCACACACCAGUGCUGUACCUCCCUCUAGUGGCUGGUGUCUGCAGCACAUAUGUCUGCCAAUGUGUGAAUAGAUAUCUCCAGGGGGUCAGCAACGGGUGCCAAAACAGACCGCAGUGAUGUCUUGGCCCCCCAAGGUUUUUUUUAAAGAAUUGGGGGGGGGGGUGUUGCUUACAUAAUGACAGCUUUGCACACAAAGCUGGUUGAGAGAAUGCCAAGAAUGUGCAAAACUGUCAUCAAGGCAA